ACGUUUAUCGUAAUAGUUGGACUUUUUUGCGUUGGUUCCUGCUUUAGGUAACUAGUUGACGAUUACGUCACCCGGGGCGCGGGGCAUCUUGCAUCUUGGGGCAUCUCUCUCGGCCUUACUGCGUUGAUCGCAGUAACAGCGCUACUCUGCGUGCUCUUCCAUUGCAGAACAUCCCGUACUUCCACCGAUACAUUCUACACAUUGUCAUUAGAUAACAGCAAUGCAGAGACUGUUGGCUUCAGUUCCGCGGUGCAGUAACGCGGGUAGACGAGCUGUGGUCGGAACGAGCGGGAUUAGAAGCGUGUCUUCUGCCGCAACACGCACUCUCGACGCACUCGAGAAGCUGAAAAAAGGGUCGCUGUACAAGGAAGCCGGCAUCAUUGGCGGCGAGGAAGUGACGCUGUCCAAGACGUUCGAGGUCCUUGAUCCCGCGACACUGCAACCCGUCGCGCAAGUCCCAGACCUGGGCCUACCCGAACUCGACCGCGCGAUCUCUGCUGCAUCUACUGCAUUUUCCUCGUUCUCGACCACCACCACCGCCUUUGAGCGCGCGGCGAUGCUCAACCGCUGGCACGCGCUCGUGAUGGCGAACCAGGACGAACUGGCGGCGCUGAUAACGCUCGAGAACGGCAAGCCGCUCGCGGAAGCCAAGGGCGAGGUCGCCUACGCCGCCAGCUUCAUGUCAUGGUUUGCGGGCGAGGCGCCGCGCGCGUACGGCGACGUGCUGGUGCCGUCGGUCGCGGGCCAUCGCGCGAUUACAAUCAAGCAGCCCGUGGGCGUGGUUGGGAUCCUGACGCCGUGGAAUUUCCCGGCGGCGAUGAUCACGCGCAAGACGGCGGCCGCGGUGGCAGCUGGGUGUUCGGUUGUGAUUAAGCCCGAUGCGGAGACGCCGCUGACGGCAAUCGCGCUGGCGAAGCUCGCGCUCGAGGCCGGUAUUCCGCCGGGGGUCAUCAAUGUCGUGCCGACGAAGAGCGCGCUGGCGGAGGUAGGCCGGACGUUGUGUGAGGAUGUGCGGCUGCGGAAGCUGUCGUUCACGGGCUCGACGGCGGUCGGGCAGCUACUGAUGGCGCAGUCUGCGUCAAGUCUCAAGAAGCUGUCGUUCGAGCUUGGUGGGAACGCGCCGUUCAUCGUGUUUGAAGACGUCGAUAUCGACGCGGCGGUGGCGGCGGCGGUGCUGUGCAAGUUCCGCGGCAGCGGACAGACGUGCGUGUGCGCGAACCGCAUGUAUGUGCACGCGUCCGUGUACGACGAGUUUGUGCAGAAGCUGACAGAGGUCGUGAAGGGCUUCAAGCUCGGCUCGGGCUUCGACGCGCAGACGACGCAUGGGCCGCUGAUCCACGCUCGCGCGAUUGAGAAAGUCGAGCGACACGUCGCGGACGCGGUCGCGAAGGGCGCACGCGUCGAAGUCGGUGGUGAACGCGCAAGCGCAGAGGUCGGCCCGCAUUUCUACGCACCGACCAUCGUCUCGGGAGCCACGAGCGAGAUGGCGGUCGCGCGCGAGGAGACGUUUGGUCCGCUCGCGGCUGUGUUCAAGUUCGAGACCGAGGAGGAAGUCGUGCGGCAGGCGAACGAGAGCGACGUUGGACUUGCGAGCUAUGUAUUUACGAAGAACAUUGCGCGCGUAAUGCGGGUGGCCGAGAAGCUCGAGUAUGGUAUGGUGGGGGUGAACACAGGCAUUAUCAGCGACUGCGCGGCGCCGUUCGGCGGAGUUAAGUUUAGUGGGUUUGGCAGGGAAGGGUCGAAGUAUGGACUGGAUGAGUACCUGACGGUGAAAGCCGUGACGAUUGGCGGUGGAGGGUGGUGAGCGAGUCACAAGUGAUCUGUGAGUCAUGCGUCGAAUAAAGUUUCAUAAGAAGCACAAUGGGUGUACAAGGCGUACAAGGCUGAGCGUAGGCAGAUCGA